AUGAACCGAACUGUUCUUUACGUAUCUGGAUUCGCCUCCAACCUCAGAGCUAGAGAUUUAGCAUAUGAGUUUGAGAGAUAUGGUAGAUUGAUCCGAUGUGAUAUCCCAGCGUUGAAAACUCCUACUUCGUCUCCUUUUGCUUUUGUUGAGUUCAGACGAGAAGAUGAUGCUGAGGAUGCCUAUUAUGACAUGCAUGGUCGAUCCAUUGAUGGUAGGAAGAUAACCGUUCAAUGGGCCAAGAGACCCCCAAGCUCACAAUGGAGACAUGAUGGGUAUGGCGAUAGUCGAGAUCGACGAAGAUCUCCUCCUCCCAGACGAAGAUCUCCUAGUCCACCACCAAGGAGAAGAUCCCCUUCACCUAGGGAAUCCAGACGGGGAGGCGAUCACGAUGAUGAUGAUCGAGUCAAGGAAAGGGAUUAUGCCGGUUCCAAAAGAGGAAGAUCAGCCUCACCAGAGAGAAACGGUAGAGAUAGAAGUGCUUCUCCCGUAAGCAAACUAAGAGAAUCAAGGGAUGAUGAUAGAAGUAGAAGUCGAAAUGGUGAUGAGUCACUUUCACCUGUCAAAAGAUCAGAUAGGGAUGAUGAGAGAGAAAGAAGAGAUGAUUAA